AUUCGUUUUAAAUUCAACAAAUUUCAGAUCUGAUGUCAGCUAGUACAUUUGAUACAAUUUUGAUGAAAAACUACUGGAAAAAAGUACCUAGAAGAACAAGAAGGAAACCAGAAUGCUAUAUAUAUAUAUAUAUAUAUGGUUCCAGAAAGGUGAUUAGAAAAAUGGCAAAAAAAACAAUACCGACGGCACUUCAGACUGACGUUACUAAUGACGAUGAGUGGGCUAAAAUCUUAACUAAAAAGGGCUUGUUAGUAGUCGAUAUCUAUGCCGCCUGGAGCGGACCAUGCACAGGUAUGGUGAGCACAUUAAAAAAAAUAAAAAUGGAAAUUGGCGGCGAUGCUUUAAAUUAUGCUACGGCAAGAUGCGAUGAUAUAACGGAUCUUCAGCGUUUUAAAGAAAAAAGCGAACCCAUUUGGAUGUUUAUUCGUGAUGGCAUGAUGAUUAAUUUAAUGUUUGGCGCACAUUGUCCACAACUGGUGAAAAUGUUGACCACCGAAUUUCAACGAAUUCAAAAUAGAGAGGAAUCGGAAUUCUCUAUAUCUGUGAAUGAAUGUAGCCCAGAAGAAAAUAUACGAAUGCGCAUCGCUGAAGAAGUCCGAAUAGCCAAGGAAACAGAGAAGAAAGCUCAAAAAGAAGCAGAAGCCAAAGAGAAAUAUGAAGCAGAAAUGGAUCAUUUAACUAAUUCGUUAAUCGAUGAAACUUGUCUCUUAUUGUAUCCGUGGAUAUUUAAGGAUGAAGAAGGACAUAAAAGGGAUAAAAAAUGUAGCCCACCGUAUCUGGAAUUAAUUGAAGAAAUUUUACCAGGAAAUUAUACUGUAGAACAGGAGAUACGAAAGAGAUUGAAUGAAGAUAUCCUUGAUAAAAUGUUUCACGAGUCCGAUUAUGUACUUACGGAUCACGAAAGACAAUUAAUUUUAGACGGUAAAUGUAUGCUUAUGCGUUUGAGAAGAAAUGAAUCUACGAAUGAAUUGGACGUUCAUCAGCAUUUGCUUACAUUACUCUUCGGAGAAGCAGUAUUAAUUUCGGCGGAUCAGUGCUUCACGGAUGAGACCUAUUGUGGACGACAUCGACCAGCAUUAAUAUCGUCUGAAAUGGAAAAUGAAUCGUUUCCCGUUGCAUGGACUCCACCAAAUGCCAGAAACAAGGCAACUGUAUUUCGUUUGAUCUUCAGCAAAUACACAAAUACUAGAUACCCAUACGAGGAUAAGAUAAAAAGAGAACCGAUAAUCAUUUUCAAAUACGACAGUACGAGGAAAAACGAGUUGAAAAUGGUUUUGGAAAUGUAUACUGACGAUAUCAUAGAUUUUGGAGUUUUUGACUGUGAUAAACCUUCAAAUAUAAAGAUGAUAGCUAAAUCUAUCAAGGAAUUUGAAUUUAGUACUUUAGAAAGAACUGGUUACGAAGUAUUUAUAUGUACUGUCAAGAAAAUAGGACGUGAAGCAUUUUUGGCAUUUGCCGGUAUUGGUCCUUUCUAUGUUAGUGAUAAUCACGAAAGUGCAAUAGAAGAAUCAAAAUUAUAUUUUCCAAUCGUUAGUGCGUUAGAAGAAAUACAGUCUGACGACGAGGAUAAACUAGAAGAUGCAAUAAAUAAUGCAGUUACGGCAGAAAGUACUGAUUUAGAUUGUAGUGUGAAAAAGGAAUAAACAGAAAAAAUACAUGAAAACAAAA